AUGCCCAGCACAGACCUAACUACACCUGCAACUCAUAGCCUAGGACAAAACGGUCCGCCAAAGAGGAGCCCAGCCGGUCUAGAUCUUCUACCGAUCCGAAGGGUUUCGGAUAGCUACCUCCAGAGUUUCUGGGGUAUCGUUCACCCUGUAUUUCCUGUCCUACACAAACCAACAUUCACGCAGUUUUACCAGCUGUUUUGGGAGCCGGCAGACAUAGAAAGAGUGGACUCCACGGUUGACGACCCAGUGAUGCUAGCAAAGCUCAACCUCGUUCUUGCAAUCGGGUGUCGAUUCACUGAGAGUGUGGAUCUGGACAGUCGGGCAAUUCAGGCAGAUGAGUUCUACCAGCGUGCCAGGAGACUCGUUCCGAUCGAUUCUCUUGAUGCAGCGUCCUUACCGAUUAUUCAGAUGCUAUUAUUGACCGCUAUCCACCUCCAGUCAACAACAUAUUCCAGCCGAUGUUGGAACAUGGUGGGACUUGCAACACGAGUGGCCCAAAGUCUCGGCUUGCAUCUCAACCGGGGCGAGUCAGAAACAGGUAAUCAGCUUGAGAGGGAAAUGCGCCGACGAGUGUGGUACACGUGCGUGACGUUAGAUAGGUAA